GCGAGACUACCAGAGCACGACACAUUGAGCUUGCAAGCGCUGCAGCUCUCACGUUUGAUACCCACGACUCCAAUUCAUCAUGGAACGGUUAGCGCGAAUCCUCAGCGGCGUGCUGCUCUUCAUCCUCCCCCUCGCCGCGGCCCUCAAAUUCGACCUUCAUCCCGUCUCAGCACACGACUCUGCCAAGUACGAACGAUGCAUUAGGAACUUUGUUGCAAGAGAACAGUUGGUUGUUGUUACGGCAAUUCUCGAUGGAUAUAGGGGAGACGGACAGAGAGUGGACAUGCAUAUUCGCGACGCAAUGGGCAAUGACUACCACCGACCCAAGGACGUAGUUGGCGAGAACCGCUACGCAUUUACCUCGCACGAAGACUCGGCCUUUGAUGUCUGCUUCGAAAACAUCUUCACGACAUCAUCGUCUUCCAAAGCCAUCACCCCACGCCACGUCGAACUUGACAUUGACAUUGGCGCCGACGCCAAGGACUGGAACACCAUCUCCGCCACUGAGAAGCUGAAGCCCGUAGAAGCGGAGCUCAGGAGAAUCGAAGAAGUUGUAGGCGAGAUUGUGACUGAGAUGGACUACCUGAGGAGCCGAGAGCAAAAGCUGAGGGACACCAACGAGAGCACAAACGAAAGAGUCAAGUGGUUUGCGCUGGGCACCAUGGGUAUGCUUGUGGGACUUGGUGCAUGGCAGGUUGUGUACCUCAGGGCAUACUUCAGGAGCAAGCAUCUUAUCUAGAUGUAACCCAAUGAGAAUGAAGGAGUUGGGCUGCCUUGGAAGGCGUUAUUUGAUUAAAGAGAUACUAGGGAAGGCUAAAAGGAUGGUUGUGUAUGAACAAGAGUAUGGAAGCGUUAUUGGUUGCAUACUCUAUACGGCGACUGGAGAGGCGUUGGUGGGGAUUUUAUAUCAACAUUUCAAAUCAUGUGUGCACCAAUCUGAGAACCAUUACUUUGAAAUCUCUUAGCGCUUACAAUUUGGUGCUACCCAACUGUACCACUACAGUGCGGAGCCAUUCCGUUCGUCUAUCAGCAACACGCGGUUAUGUUAUGUAGCAAAACCUGUUCAUCAAAGCUACAUUAAAAGCACAAAAACCACUAUUUAAUUCAUGGCUUUAUUGAGAACAUCCAUCAUUGCAA